AUGCGACCUCAAGGAGAGCUAGUAGUGGUGAACCGGUACCCAUGGUCACUAUUAGCACGGCGGUCUCCUUGUGGUGAGAGCACCCAUCCCCUUUUGCUCCCCGCCCGGAGCCGGGGGUGGGACGCCAUGGGCUGCAGCAUCUUUAAGUAAAUAAAAAAUAAAUAUUUUGUAACUGGACUUUGCUACUAACUUAUAAGGUUUUUCUGCUUUACUUAGUAUACCUGCGCCCUCUGCCUACCUUCUUCGUUACGAGAGCGAGAGUUGAGUGAUGCUACUUCGGUGUCUGCUUGAACAACCUGCUCAACAAGACAAGAUCAUGGGGUUGGGAAUAACAAC